UAAGAUUCAGUAAACUGUGCUUGCUAGGCGUAUGAAGAGGGUGUGUGUGUGUAUGUGAGGGUUGCAUAUUAUAACCCCAAGACUAGAUGUGAACUGUAGAGUAUGUUCAGACCUAUAAUACCGUCCAAACCCUUCCACCAUCCAUCAGAUACAAGAUAUACACUCUAAUGAUUGGGAUCACGAGGUGUGGGUGAGCUGCUAGCUAUGACCGAGGAAGGGGGAGGGAGGGGGGAACCAGCCCUCAUUAAGACCGAGGUCCCUUCCCUCAUCUCCUCUAAACCUGGAGUACACUUCCCUCACCGGGAUUCCUCCAGCCCUCACUCUGAUGCUGACAAGCAGGUCCAGGCCGCUAUGGCGAUGGCAGCGUUUUACUCCCAGUCUCCACUAUGGCAGGCUGCUGUAGCAGCACGAGAAGCUGCUGCUGCCAGGGAGAGAUUUCAGCAGCACGCUACAGUUCCGCAUCCUGCAGCAGCUGUAGCAGCUUUUAGUCAGCUUCCUGCCAGGCAUACUGCUUCAAUACCAGGUUUAAAUUUCCCUGGAUUUCCUGGGUUGGGUUCCAUGAACUCAGGGAACUCUGGUUUAAGCCUUGCAGGAUCAUUGGAGCACUCAAGACAAGAAAUAUACAGGGAUUAUUUAAACAAACUUGCACAGUCGACACUAAAUAUUUCUACCUCAGUUGGGGGGCACUCCCUCCCCUCUCCCACCUACCUACAGUCCGUAUCUACCUCAGUAAAGAAGGAGAAACCUAACCGUAGAUCCUCAAGUCCCGGACAUCAAGAUGUUUCAUCAUCUAAGUCUCCUCUCAGUGUGAAUCCAUAUCUGCAAGGAAGCCCUUCCUACUUCAGUCUCUCCCGACACACCUCACCACCUGAAGGAGGACGGAAAUCAGCCGGUUCCUACUCCAGGUCACCUCCUUCAGGGGGCAGGGGCAGGAACAAUUCUCAGUCAGGACGAGACAAGGUGUUUACUUGCAACAUUUGCAAUCGGUCUUUUGGAUAUAAACAUGUACUGCAGAACCAUGAGAGGACGCAUACCGGAGAGAAACCAUUCGAAUGCAAGGAGUGCCAUAAAAGGUUUACAAGAGAUCACCAUCUAAAGACGCACAUGAGACUUCAUACCGGAGAGAAACCGUACUCCUGCACACACUGUGACCGACAAUUCGUCCAGGUUGCAAACCUCAGGAGACACUUGAGGGUUCAUACAGGAGAGAGACCAUACAAGUGCGAGCUUUGUCCCAGUAACUUCUCUGAUUCGAACCAACUGAAGGCACAUAUGCUUAUACAUAAAGGUCAAUCCUUGUCAUCCUUGAAGGAAGAAUUGCUUUUCCGCCAUUCUUUAGCUGGUGGGUUUCCCCUACAGUAUCCAACCCAUCCUUCUCUCCUAGAUACAGAGGUUGAUAGAACCAGUCUUAGUCCUGGAUCCAAGGACACAGGCUCCGGAGAUUCUCCGUCCCACGGGGAGAACAUGUCAGAUUCUAACAGUGAGAAAAAAAGGUCUAGAAAACAGAAACCAAGACGGGUUGUUCAAUGGCCGGAGGAGGGAGAGAGUCCGGGAGAAUACGAGGAGAGAAACUAUGGUUCUGCCAAGAGAGAACGGCAUUCCUCCGAGUUUAGUCACGAGGCUCCGAUUCAGAAUGAACCUGAGGAUUUAACAACUAAACCUAAACUUGAAGCUCUGAAAGCGUAUCACAAGAAGAGAGAGUCUGAGUAUAGUUUCAGUAACUACAGGAGGGAAUCAGAGGAGGAUAUUAAACCGGAGAAGGAGGAAGAGUUUCCAGGUCUAAAGAACUCCGAGGGAGAAAGAUCGGAGGGAAGCUCUCACUCCCCACACUCUACUCAGAGGGAGAAGUUUAGAAUUGAUGAAGCUGAUGAUGAAGAUGAUGAUGAUAGAGGAGUAUCUCCUCCCUUGACCCAUCCUCCUCUAUAUAAUCCUUUGUUCUCUACCCCUGCUGCUAUACAGCUAGGGUUGGCUGGAACUACAAUGCCCCUCUCCUCUCUCUCACAGAGAUAUAACGGAGACAAGGAGUCAGAUAGACUUAACAUAGUUACUCAUAAGGAGAUCAGUCAGCAGUAAGCAUACCAGCAGGUGCAGGGAUAUCCAGGACACAGAGAUAUAGGGAUAUUCAGGAUACAUAGGUACAGAGAUAUCCGGGAUACAGAGAUAUAGGGAUAAUCAGGAUACCGAGAAACGGGUAUAUCCAAAAACAGAAUUACAGGAUACUGGGAUAUCAGGAUACAGAGUUAGAACAAGGAGAUAUCCAGGAUAAAAAGAUAAGGUGAGGAUAUCCAUAUUACAUGAUCAAUGGAUACAGAGUUAAACAAGAAUAUUCCAAAACUAUCUCGAAUUAUGAGAAUCCUUAAAAUAUAUCCUUAGAAUAUAAUAGAAUAGAAUAUGGAAUAACUGGAUAUCAAUAGUACUCUAUGAACUACCUGAAUAUCAACAUUUCCCCACCUGGAUAUAAACGGUACUCUAUGGACUACCUGAAUAUCAAGAGUCUCCCACCUGGAUAUUAACAGUACUCUACAACUACCUGGAUAAGGUUCCUGAUGCAGAUAAGAGAAAAUAAAAUUAAUGCAGAGACCCUCGGAUAUAAAAGAUCAACAGAAUAUCAUAUUAUAUGAAGGGGCACCUCACACCUCUGCCCCCCCCCCCUUCUCAUCCUUUACCAUCAUAAACUGAUCUCUUUUUCUCUCAAUCCUCAGUUUUUGAAUUCUUUGAAAAACCUCAGAAUCAAAAGUCACGCACUAAGGUUGAAUCGGAUUAAAGUAAAUCCAAUUCUUCAGAUUUUAGUUCCUUUUUACCUCGACAAUACGGGUCAAUAUAUAGUUGUUGCAUUCCAGUGUUUGGAGUUGUAGUUGUACAAACUACAAACUAUCCUUUAUUUUCAACUGUGCUCUCAAAUUUAUGUUUUAAACUAAAAAUAUGGAUUUCUGCUCCGAUAUUAAAGGAAUUCAUUUUUUAAUUUAGUUUAUUUUAAGUUUUUAUUGCACAAUUGAUCAAUGUGAAGGGGGCGCUGUCCCCAACUAUUCUAGUUUUUAGUGCACAGUUGAUCAAUGUGAAGGGGGCGCUGCCCCCAACUAUUCUACCUCAUUUUUAUUUUGCGGGUGUUCUGCUAGUAUAAUAUUGUUUGUAUUUUCUAUCAUUUUUACAUUUCUUCCAUUUUUUUUGUCCCACCCUUUAUAUUUCAGAUUAUUAAAUGAGAUCCCAAGUACAGUGAACAUGGACUUCUUUGUUACAUUCUUAUAAAAACACCUCCUAAUGAUUUUAAGAACAUUUUUAAUCAAGCAACAAUUUUUGUUUGUGCUUGUUAAAAUGUACAAAUAUUUUUAUUUUAACUAUGUUUGUAAUUUUACAAUGAACGUCAAUUCCCCUCACUAUCCCUGUAUUCUUGAAGUUUUUCUUCUUUGGUACAGUCUUUUUUAUUACUCAAAUCGUGCCAAAAAAUUUAAAUUUUUCAGAAAUAGCCAAAACUUAAUUUUUGCGGGUAUAUUAAUCAAACUGUGCCAAACUUUCCUAUCUCUUGCUCAUCCUACUGAUCUAUUUAAAGCCAAUCUUACAAUACAUACACACACUACAUGAGUGAAUAAGAGUGCAAGAGUGCGUGUGUUUAGUGUGAGUGUGUGUUGAGUGAGUGUAUGUAUGUAUGAGAGUGCGUGUGUUUAGUGUGAGUGUGUGUUGAGUGAGUGUAUGUAUGUAUGAGAGUGCGUGUGUUUAGUGUGAGUGUGUGUUGAGUGAGUGUAUGUAUGUAUGAGAAGCUAAAACUAACUCUAUAAGACUGAAUGUACGACCUGCUAGUCUCAUCAUAUAUAAGACUGAAAAAUGUAAAAAAUAGCAAUUUCAAGUUGUUAAAUGUAACCUUUGUAAACCUAUGUAAACUAUGUACGUAUAAAAACUAUUCUACCAUUCAACCGGUGUUUUAGAAUCGGUACCAGUACUUGAAAAGGGCAUAUAUAAAUAAAAACGAUGCUAAAACCUCACUAGUUAUACUUUUAAAGAUAAUAUGAUUGUUGUUAAGAUGCAAGUGUACACUGCGAGUUAUAAACCUAUAUAUUUUCAAUCUUAUUUCAGACCUUACAUAGAUCAUGUGAACAUAUGUAUUAUUCUUACAUAUACAAUAUACAAUACAUGUAUAGAUGUUUUCAUGUAUUCUGAUCGUUUAGUCGGAAAUAAGUUUGGAUGUUCAACUACCUCUUAUAUUCGUACAUAAUGCUAAUAUAUAAUAAAACAUUUUAUAUAUUAGCAUAUAUUUAAUAUAUAAUAAUAGCUAUACGCAGUGCAAUACUACACAAUUGUUUUGAAAAUGAUUAUUUGUGAUUAAAUUGAUUAAUUCAUUAAUUAGCUAAACUUCAGUAAUUUUAUGUAUAAUUAAAUAUAAU